AUGUCUGGAAGCUUGGUAUGGUUGGACGACAUCGAGGGCCUGGUGCCCCCAUCUAGCAAAAUGAAGGAUUUUGUUCAAAGCCUACACCACUAUGAGCGCCAGGUGUUUUCCUUCUGCAGUCCAGCCGAGAGCUUGUAUUGUCUGCAAGGGCUCUUAGAGAUCGAAUUCUCUGACAUCCAGAGCACGUCUGCCAAAGAGACACCACAGCGGCUUUCCAAUAACUCGCAGGACCAUAUGCGGAUGUGUUCUCUUUUUUCAGGUUAUCGGCUGGCAGAGCAGUACUUCAUCAAUAUCACGCUACCACCCUGCAUUCCUCAAUCUUCAGGUCAGCAGGACAAAGGGCUCAAGGGUUACGAACAUCUGGAAAAUUGGGUCGACAUGCUCCUCACUCUUUGCAACAUCAUCAAGCACAUCAAUGAUCUGAAGCUUUUGCACACGAGGAGUGGGCCAGAACAGCUCAUCAAUCACAUCCGCGACGCUCAGAGGAACAUGAAAUACUGCAAGGUGGUAAUUAACAUGCUUGUGGCAGCCUUGCACCUGGCCUUUCUCCAGAGCCACAGCUUUUCCGAGGGAGAGCUUCCGGACAUCCCAGAUAACCUAGACAGCUUGGAUGAGAUGUCUCCGUUUAAGCAACAAUUUCUGGACCUUGUCGAUAAUCAAAAACACGGGUCGUCUCUUUGCUCUGCACUCCAUCUCGCGCUCCUUAUAUUGCCCCUCUACCUUUUGGUCUCAAUCCAAUUGAUGAAGAAUUCAUUUUGCCGAGAGCAAGUGCUACAGGUACGAACACAUGGUGUGGGAUUGAGUGAUUGGCUGAAAGCGCCGAAGUGCACCCAUGCUUUAGGGAACAUGAAGGGUUCGGUAUUGCUCCGGGUCGAAGGAGAGAUCAUGGUCACUGCCAAACGUUUGGCAUCCCGCAACUGCAUUCCGCUUCAAGAACUCAAGGAACUCUUUGGUCAAAGAAUCCCAUGGUAUGACGUGGAAAAUUGCGACGCGGAGACGCGAAAUUUUUUCCAGCUCAGCUCAGGGGCAAACAGGCUGGGAUACGUCAAAGACCGUGCCAAUCUGUCCGACAUGACAGCGUCGGUCGCACCCAGAGCAGAGCAUGAAGAAGCGAAUCUGGCACAGCCAGAAGUCGCCAUGAUGGUCGUUCAGCUGCGUAGGUCUGACCAGAACCAGAAAUCGGUCUCAGUCAAUACACAGUCACACCCUGAGGUUGAUACCGACAGCGAGUAUGCAGACACUGAUGCUGAUACAGCAGACAUUGACCUGGAAUCGGAUGUGAGCACCCCGCCCCCAAGAAGCAGAAGACCUCCGGCGCCCAAGUCACUCACAUCGCUUGCCACGGCGGGAGCCGGACAAAAUGACAACAUGCCCAGAAAAAGUGCUUCGAACCCGAUAGACAUCAACGCGGACCCGCCAGAGGUCGACAUAGACUCUAACGUGAGCGAGAUGGAUGAGACUGGUGAUAUGGCUGGCCAGGACGACCGCAGCGUGACGCCUGGCUGUGAUGCCCAAAACCCUAUAGACGUUGACACGUGGAUCAAGUGCAAUCCAACAGAAUGGAAAAAUACUUUGGUAGGAGUGCUUGCUGCUGCAGUGCAAUGA